AGGAAGAACUUGUAGGACAACUCUUGGGUGAAGCACGGCUGGAGUCCAUUAAAUUCCCUGGAGCUUCCUGAGACAAGAGAGUGGAGGGCAGCCACAUACCCACAGCCUGCAUCAUGCCAGCACUGGCCACAGGAUCAGCUUGUGACACAGGUCUGUAUGAGCUGUUGGCUGCUCUGCCUGCCCAGCUGCAGCCACAUGUGGAUAGCCAGGAGGACCUGACCUUCCUCUGGGACAUGUUUGGUGAAAAGAGCCUGCAUUCACUGGUCAAGAUUCAUGAAAAACUUCAUUACUAUGAGAAGCAGAGUCCAGUGCCCAUUCUCCAUGGUGCAGCAGCAUUGGCUGAUGAUCUGGCUGAAGAGCUACAGAACAAGGCACCAAACAAUGAGAUCAGAGAGCUGUUGAAACUGCUGUCAAAACCCAACGUGAAGGCUUUGCUGUCAGUACAUGAUACUGUGGCUCAAAAGAGCUAUGACCCUGUAUUGCCUCCCAUGCCUGAUGAGAUUGAUGAUGAGGAAGAUUCAGUGAAAAUUAUUCGCCUGGUCAAGAACAGAGAGCCCUUGGGUGCUACCAUUAAAAAAGAUGAGCAGAGCGGAGGAAUCAUUGUGGCCCGGAUCAUGCGGGGAGGAGCUGCAGAUAGAAGUGGUCUUAUUCACGUGGGUGAUGAGCUGAGGGAAGUGAAUGGGAUCUCAGUGGAAGACAAGAGGCCUGAGGAAAUAAUACAGAUUUUGAGUCAGUCCCAGGGAGCAAUUACAUUUAAGAUAAUACCCAGCACCAAAGAGGAGACACCUUCUAAAGAAGGCAAGAUAUUUAUCAAAGCGCUCUUUGACUACGAUCCUAAGGAAGACAAGGCGAUCCCUUGUAGAGAGGCAGGGCUGUCUUUCAGGAAGGGUGACAUUCUUCAGAUUAUGAGCCAAGAUGAUGUGACAUGGUGGCAGGCUAAGCAUGAAGGAGACGCCAACCCCAGAGCAGGCCUGAUUCCCUCAAAGCACUUCCAGGAACGGAGACUGGCUCUGAGACGACCAGAAAUAGUACUUCAGCCUCUGAAACUUUCCAACAGGAAAUCAUCUGGUUUUAGAAGAAGUUUCCGUCUUAGCAGAAAAGAUAAGAAAACAAAUAAGUCAAUGUAUGAAUGCAAAAAGAGUGAGCAGUAUGACGCUGCAGACGUGCCCACAUACGAGGAGGUGAUGCCCUACCGGCGGCAGACCCAUGACAAAUACAGACUCGUUGUCCUGGUUGGUCCUGUCGGAGUCGGGCUGAAUGAGCUAAAGCGGAAGCUAUUGAUCAGUGACACACAGCACUAUGGUGUGACAGUACCCCACACCACUAGAGCAAGAAGAAGCCAAGAGAGUGAUGGUGUGGAAUAUAUUUUUAUUUCCAAACAUUUGUUUGAGACAGAUGUACAAAAUAACAAGUUCAUUGAGUAUGGCGAAUAUAAAAACAACUACUAUGGUACAAGUAUAGACUCAGUUCGCUCUGUCCUAGCUAAGAACAAAGUUUGUCUGUUGGAUGUCCAGCCUCAUACAGUGAAGCAUUUAAGGACACUGGAGUUCAAGCCCUAUGUGAUAUUCAUAAAACCUCCAUCAAUAGAGCGUUUGAGAGAAACAAGAAAAAAUGCAAAGAUUAUUUCAAGCAGAGAUGACCAAGGGACUGCAAAGCCCUUCACGGAAGAAGACUUUCAAGAAAUGAUUAAAUCAGCACAGAUAAUGGAAAGUCAAUAUGGCCAUCUUUUUGACAAAAUCAUAAUAAAUGAUGAUCUUGCUGUGGCAUUUAAUGAGCUAAAAACAACAUUUGACAAACUAGAGACUGAUACCCACUGGGUCCCAGUGAGUUGGUUACAUUCAUAACUCAGGGAAAUGUCCUUAAUUGUCUUUUUACAGAGUUGCAUGGUUAGGUCAACUACCAUAUUUUUGGUAGGAUUUUUCUUUUUAAUAAUCUGUAUCACUGUCAUAGAUGUAAAGUCUUCAAUGGUCAAAGUCAAAAUUUCAGGGCUGGUUUUAUUUAUGUCUUUUACAGCCUUAUUGGAAGCACAUGACUGUAUAAUCUAAGUCAAAAUUUGCACAGUGCUAUAGUCUUAGCCAAACUUUUGUAUUUCUUGGUUUUCUUUAACCUAUUCCUGUCUCUGAUGUGAGAGGCAGUGUGUGUCAGAGUUCAUGCCUCGCCUGCACUUAGGUGCACUCACAGCCCUUCACUGUGCAUGCCCUCAGUUGAAAGCAUGGGCUUGGCAGCCUUGAGCAGAUCACAGAUUUAACUGAGCUGGACAUAAGGCUCUGCCCUUACAAAAUAUGUUCUAGUGUGCACAUCUUAAAACAAAGGAGAAACUCAAAUCUUUUCUUGAGGAAAUAGCUCAUAUAUUAUAGCUUAGGAAAUCCUUAUGAGUAUAUAUCGGUGAUGCCACUAAUAUAUAAGCAAAAACCUGAUUCUCCUGUUUAAGUUGAAGGUCUCACUAUGCUGUCCACACUAGCCUUGAACUCAGCCUUCAUUUGCCUCAGCCUCCCGAGUAUGGGAAUGUACUACUGCGUCAGGCUUAGAAACAGACUUAACUGAUACUAUAGAUGUAGAUAAAAAACCUUUCCUCAUGGUCUAGUAAAACUGGUUGUGAGUUAGGGCAAAGAAUGAUCACAUAGCACCUCUUGCUUUAAUCUGUCAUUCUUCAGAAGACAUUUCUGGAGUCAGAAUGUUUUCUUCUCUUGCUUUGGAAUUUCUCAACAUAUAUAAGAAUGAGAUAAAUAUUCAAAAACAUGUAAAAUGUGUUAGAGCACAGUGAAGGAAGAGAUACUCAUGUUUCUGGUGUGCAAUCCCCAUUCAUGUAAAUUGUUCCAAAGUGUGUUUUAGAAACCUUAUAUUGUGUUAAUUUUUUUGUCAACAAAAUGAUUAACACUGGCCAGAUUGUAUCUCAACCUAUUCCCAAGGAAGAUGGAUUUUUAAAUCUUUUGAUCACAUUGUUUCUUUUUCUAUGAUGCUUUAGGCCUCUAGCAAGUGAAUAAUUUGCAAUACUACAAAUGUCCACAGUUCAAUCAUAGAUCAGGUUCCUGCGAGUCCUCUGAGAAUGCAGUUUAGGCAAUGGAGGAUUCGUCACAUCUAUGACUUGCAUACAAAGAAAUAUAUUUUUGUUGCUUUGUAAAGAGUUUAAAUGUCAUGUUUAAAGAAAAAUAAAAUGUAGGGAAGUUUUAUAUAUUUGUGAGAUAUUUGAAAGGCAUAUUUUUAAAUUAUCAAAUGAGGCUAUUCAUAAGAUAAAUUGUAUGUAAAGAUAUAAUUUAAAAUAGUAGUUUUAUAAGCAAGGUCAACAUUCCAUGUAAAUAUUGGACCUUUUGGCAGAUAGGUCCACACACAUGUUACGUGUUCGCUGCUGUUUAGUGGUGUCCAUGGCCAGCUUUCCUUAAGACAAUGUCAAAUUUCUGUGUGAAGCAGAAACUAAAACUUCUCUAGUGACCUCAUUACAUGUUCAAGCCCAAAAGUCAGAUCAUUGGACUAAUGAACACAGUCCAUGGAAGUUCUGUGUUUAUUCAUUAAAGCCAUGCAGCUCAAACAAAGAUAGGAAGGCUACUGGAUUCCUAUUCUGAAAUCACUGCCCUGCAUGGCCUGUCUAGAAGCACAAAUCUUAACGAGUUGGUUUGGGUGGAAUAUUCUCUCCCUUGAGCAAUGCCUCCACUUCUAUAAAGCAAGUUUCUAUGCCAAGAAUGAUGAGAAGUGUAUCCAGCAUAGGACGUUCUGGACUACUUUAGGUAUCCCAUGUUCAUACCUCAGAUAACUUUGCUGAUUGUUUUUCUUCAUUUGGUGAUUGUUGUCUUCAUUCUCAAUUUUGGGGUAGUGCUUGGGAAAUUUGGGGUAGGUGGUAGAGGUGAUGAAAUGUCAUGAAAAUGUAAAUGUAUGCACCUGUUAGACCACAGCUGAACAUCUUUCUUUAAAAACUAACUAAAUAAAAAGAAAUAAAGCAGUCUAAGAAAUCAGGUGACAUGUAGCCUUACCUGGUCUAUUUCUUGAUGCUUACAUAGAGAUUUAAUUAAAACAUAUAAGUCAGGCCAAAAGAAGGCUGCUCAAUUGGCCUUGCUCUGUGUUCUCUGGCCUCAGCACUCCCACCACCAAGAAGAACACUUUGCUCCUAGCUUUCAGCAGCUUGUUUCUGGGGUGCAGUGCCAUCCACUAUUAGAAAAACAAGGUUUCAUUGUUUGUCCAUUUAAAGUUGAACCUGGUAUGAAGUGCUUUUAUUCUCCUUCACCUCCCAGUUAGAAAUAAACUUGAAACAAUAACCAUGGUUUUACCAAGUAAUAUGGAAACUUGGUGUCUAUGAGGCUGACAUUCCUUGUUAUAUAUAAUCAUCAAGUGUACCUAAACUGUAGUAAUUAUAAGUGAGCAAACAUGUAAACUCAGAUUUAUAAAACUAUGGAGUGAAAAAUGUCCCUAAAGAUUCAGAUUUUUAUUUAUUUUCCUUUGGUCUUUGAUGGAUUUAUAGAUAAAUGUAAUGGAAAGUUUUUUAUCUUAAUAAAGUAUCUUCAAACAAUA